AUGGCGCCAUCGACCCUCGAUGAGAACGAGGGCAUCAUCAAGGACCUCUCACCGUACAUUGUGUGGUCAUCGUCAUCGUCGUCGUCGUCGUCGUCAUCGCCAGCUUCGUCGUCGUCAUCGCCAGGUCCAGACGCACCGCCGCUCCUCGGCGAGUACACCCGGUUCUCGCACAAGUCGAAGCGGUUCGAGUUCUACUUUGGGCUGCUGAGGCAGUUUGAGCCGAGGAUCCGGGCGUGGACCGGAGUCGACGCCUCGUCGCGCCCGCUGACGGUCCCGACGCCGGCGCUCACGUAUGUGCUCCCUCCCAAGCCGCACGCGCGGCAGUACUCGGUCCACGAUGCCCGGCGGAUUGCAUCGUCGGUAGCGGCCAAGGUCGAGCGGACGUCAGGCAAGAUCCCGCGGCUGUGGCAGCAGUACGCCGAGGUGGAGGAUGUUGUCCAUGUCCGGGCUCUCGCACGGUCUCUGUUCAUGCCGCCGGCUGUUGCGCUUGCGCUCAACGCCGGCGCGCAGUCGGCGAACCGCGAUGUGUCACCCGUCGAGGUGGCGGCGACGGCCCGGAUGCUGGUGGCCGAUCCGCUGCACUUUCGCAAGAUCGGCCUUGUCCAGGCCUACCGCGCCCGGCCGCAGGCCGAGGUUGCCAAGCUUGCCGCUGCCCGCGCCGCGGUCCAUGCCCACGACGAGACACUCUCCAAGGCGCUGCGCGGAUCGGCGGCGGCGGCGGCCGAUGUUGCGACGACGCCGCUUGUGGGCUUUCUCGCCCGCUUCUCGGCCGCGCUGGACAAGGCUGGCAUCGCUGAUGCAGCGGCGGCGGUGCGUCAAGGGUGGGAGCGGGCCAACCCGCGGGAUCUGCGGCUCCGGCGGGCGCCACAGGCCGAGCUUCUGGGCGCUGCGGCGCGCGGCGUGUGUGACGCGCGCGGGCUCAGCGGCGGCUUUGAACCCGAUGACGUGCCGUUUCUGGACGCCAUUGCGGAGUCGCUGCGGGUGCCCGAGCUGCAGGCGCCGGUCCCGGGCGUCAUCACCCACCUGCUCGAGCCGCUGGACGUUGCGCAGCUCGCGCUCCGCGACCGGGUCCUCGAGCUUGUUGACACCGCCCUGCUCGAGCUGACCCACGGCGGGGCGGCGGCGGUGCACAAUCCGAUUUUCGACGCCUCGCCGCUGCUGAAGCGGUUCGAGUCUCCGGCUGAGAGAGCAGCAAGCGUGAGUAGCGCGCCGUCGCUCGCCUCGGCCGAUGCCGGUACCGAUGUCGCCCGCGGCCCGGUCUACUUUGCGGUCGACUCUGCAGACACGACCGAGGUUGACGACGCCGUGAGCAUCGACCUCACUGCGCCCGAGUGGACUUUGGUCCACAUUGCCGACGUGACGGCCACAGUGCAGCUCGACUCGCAGCUCGACGCUGCAGCACGGGCGCGGCUCUCGACGCUGUACCUGCCAGAGCGGCGGGUCCCAAUGAUCCCAUCGGCGCUUGGCGAGUCGGCGCUGUCGCUCUCGUCGUCUCGCGACGUCCGGGUCCUCACCUUUGCCUUUCGUCUCGCUGACGACGGCAGCCUCGCCGAGACUGACGUGCGCGAGUCAGUCAUUCCGGCCGGCGCCAUGGUCCGCCUCACCUACGACGACGUCGACACGCUACUGGCGGACGCGGGAGCACGGCCGAGCAGCCAGGUUGCCCGCCGGCUCGCCGACGCCGGGCCGGCCGGAACCCGCGACGUCGACGCCGCCAUCCAGCAGCUCCGCACGCUGUAUGGUGUGGUGCGAAAGCGGCUGGCAUGGCGCGAGGCGCGGGCACGGCAGAUCUCGCUUCCGUCGAUGGGCUUCCGGGUCACGCCCGAGACCGGGCGGGUCGACCUGGUGCCGGAGCGUGCUGAAGACGCGCCGGCGCAGAUCCUGGUCCAGGAGCUCAUGAUUGCCGCGGGGCAGACAGGCGCCACUUUUGCGCUUGCCGCUGACCUCCCGUUCACUUUUCGCGUCCAGCCGCCGCCGCGGUCGGCGCUUCCGGACUGGGUCGCCGACCUUCCGCCCGUCCUCCGCGACCUUAAGGAGAUUCAGACUCAGUCGCCGGCCUCGGUCUCGCCUACCGCCGCCGGGCACUACUCGCUCGGCUUUGCCGACUAUGCGCACGUCACCUCGCCCAUCCGCCGCUACACCGACAUGCUCGCCCACUACCAGAUCAAGGGCCACCUGUCCGGCACCGGCCCGCCGCUCCGCAAAGUGGACGACCUCUACGCCCGCCUUCCGUUCUACGACGAGCGGUCGUUCCACAUUCGCUCGCUCCAGCGGACCUCGGAGCGGUACUGGGCGCUGGUGUGGAUGGCGCAGCAGUUGGCGAGCGGCGCCGGAGCGGCUCACAAGAUCACCGUCCUCGACCGCGCGCCCGGCGACUCCAACUACGCUGUCUACUUUCACUCGACCGCCGCGCUCGUGCCAAACGUCCACAUCGCAGGCGUGGCCGAUGUGCUUGCCGCCUCUACCGAGGGCGGCGACAUGCUCGUCCGUGGCUUCUCGGGCCUGGUCGCCCUCACCUCGGUCCAUGCUCGAUCGGGCAAGGUUGCGGCUGAGCUUGUCAGCGCCACCGAGCCGUAA